GCAUAUUUGGAGUAAUUGUCACAAGAGAAGUACUGGAAUCCCCGCCUUGCAGGUGGUUUUAUGUAUCUGAACAUCUCCAGUGUGUUUGACCGCUAUAACUUUCAGAUAAUGGAGCCCUAUUUUGCUGGUUUUAAGCAAGUGUCGCAGGACUAUGAAGUUACUCUUGAACUUGCCACUGAAGAGACUCAGAAAAUCAGCAGUGCCCAGAAUUCGAAGACAGGAUCUUACGGUGUCAGUAUUAGAGUCCAAGGAAUUSAUGGGCAUCCUUACAUAGUACUAAACAAUGCAGAAGGAUGUUUGCCAGAAAAUCCUCCUCCACCUGGAGAAGAACAGCAGAUCAUUUCUCAGACUGUAAGUAAACCAACCACAGACUCUAAUUCUGUCUAUGAGCUGGAGGACAAAAAUGGUGAACACACGAAGUUUUCUGGAACACAGCAUAUGCAACCAUGUAUGCUUAAAAGCCAAAAGAGAACCAAUAUGGAUGAARAAGAAAAUGGAACAUUGGAUUUUAAAGAUGGGCCACUGAAGUCCUCCAAUUUGUUGAACUUUCAAAGACAUCCUGAGCUUUUACAGCCUUAUGAUCCCGAAAAAAAUAACUUGAACUUGGACAUUUACCAGUCUUCUCUGUGCAGUAAAUCUAAAUCAUUUGCAGAUGAAGGUAAAACUGAAGCAAGGCCCUGGAUUUCCUCAUCCAAAGUAGUGUCCCUACAGAAAACAAAUCCGUAUCUUGCAGAGUCAACCAAAGCAAGUACAAAAAAAAUACACUUGAACAGGUCAGUGGAAGACCAAAAAAAGCAGGGGUUGGAUUGUCCCAGUAACGUGAUCACUUCCGAUGAGGUGCAUGUUUCAGGUUCGUUUUCAUCUGCUGGAGGAUCCUCGUGUGUAAGUCCCGUUGCUCAUAUGGAAACAAGGAAACCUAGACCAGAUGUUCUUCCUUUCCGCAGACAAGAUUCAUCUGGGCCAGUGUUGGAUGACUCACGAAGAUCAUCAUCCUCUUCAGCUACUCCCACUUCUGCAAAUUCCUUGUACAGAUUUUUGCUUGAUGACCAAGAGUAUGCUAUCUAUGCAGACAAUGUUAAUCGACAUGAAAACAGAAGGUAUAUUCCAUUUUUGCCUGGAACUGGCCGUGAUAUUGACACUGGUUCAAUUCCAGGAGUUGAUGAGCUAAUUGAAAAGUUUGAUAAGAAAGUUGGUCCUCAGAGAAGAGGUAGGAUGGGAAAAAGGAGUAAGAUUCACCCAGAUGAUCGUAAAAGAUCAAGAAGUGUUGACAGUGCCUUGUCGUUAAGUCGUGAGGUAAAUUCAGGUUAUUUGCAUGAAUUCAGUAAAAGUUUGGGUAAGUCAACUGAGCACUUGCUAAGACCAUCUGAAGUUUGCCUUCAUAAGCAGUUACCUAGAGAUCAGAAGCUGACUUCCGCGGAGAUGAAAGGUUUGGCUCGAAGUGCUGGAACGCUGCAGACGCCUGAUAAAGACAUUCAGAACGGCCAUUUCAAUUCUCUGCAGUAUCACAAACAGGAUAGAACUUACACGGAGAGCUUCAUGUUUAGAUCAUCUACACUCCCAGGACAGAGUAAGAGUGAGGAAGUUAAAACAGUAACUUCUACUUUGUUAUUGCCAAACCGAUUUACACUUCCACCAGAUACAGGAACCAAGAAGAUUUCUGUAAAAACAUAUUCAUCCAUCCCCAGUAUACAGGCAACUCCUGAUCUCUUGAAAGGUCAGCAAGGUCUUGCACAGCAAACAAAUGAAGAGACAGCUAAGCAAAUCCUUUAUAAUUACCUUAAAGAAGGAAGUGCUGAUAAUGAUGAUGCUACGAAGAGGAAAGUCAACUUGGUUUUUGAGAAAAUUCAGACUUUAAAGUCAAGGGCUGCUGGAAAUGCACAGGUUUCUGAUUCUUCAGCUGAGGUGAAAGCUUUGUUGGAACAAAAAACAGAACUUGAAAGGAAAGUGGAAGAGUUGCAGAAAAAAAUGGACCUGGAAAUUAAGAAUCAGCAAAAUGCCAAAGAAGAGAGAGAUGCUACACGAGCAACCCUGAAAGAGCUUCAGUUGCAACUUGAUCAAAGUACAUGUGAAAACGAUGCCUUAAAAAAGCGUCUGGAGGAAAGUGAGAAGGAACUUAGAGAAAACCUGGAGGAGCUUUUUCAAGUGAAGAUGGAGCGGGAACAAUACCAAACUGAGAUCAGAGAUCUUCAAGACCAACUGUCUGAGAUGCAUGAUGAACUGGACAAUGCAAAACAUACUGAUGAAGGGGAGAAGGAAGUUCUGAUUGAGGAGCUUAUGCAGAUGAAGCAGGAUCUACAAGAAGUAUUAGUGGCGAAGGAUCAACAAGAAGAGAUACUGAGAAAGAGGGAGCGUGAGCUUACAGCUUUAAAAGGAGCACUGAAGGAAGAAGUGUCUAGCCAUGACGUGGAGAUGGAUAAAAUUAAAGARCAACAUGAUAAAGAAUUGCUGGAUCUACAGCAGAGCCUGGAGAAAGUAACAGAGAGUGCUGCUGUCCUUGAGAGUGAAAGAAAUGCUGCGGAAGAAAUGCGAAAUAGUAUAGAAAAUCAAGUUAAAGAGCUGUCAGAAGAAAAUGAACAGCUGAAGAAAACAAUUGAUGAGCUAGAGAGUAGAAUUAGAGAGAUGGACAACCAAAUUAAUAACAUGAAAGGAGAAGAAGAUACAGCAAAGGAAAAAAUGAAGAGAUAUGAGGAAGAGAAGCAGCAAUUAGAAGAAGCUUUGAAACAUGCUGGAAAUGAGGAAAAAGAGUUGGUGGUGUUAAAGAAGUCUUUGGAAAGCCAACUAGAAGAUAUGCAGGAGGACAUUAGUUGUAUUUCACAGCAACGGCAACAGUUAACGGAGCAGUUAAAAGAUGAAAUUUACCAGAAGGAGCAGCUGAAGAAGAUAAAGAAUGAAAUGGAAGAUGAACGACAGCAACUAAACAAGACCAUUGAAAAGUUACAGGAGGAGAUGGCUGAAAUGGUAGAGAUCUCAAGAACAUCAGUUUUGGAUUUUCAGAACCAACUUGAAGACUACAAGGAGAAAAAUCGCAGAGAACUUGCAGAACUGCAGAGACAAUUAAAAGAAAAAAAUAUUGAGGUAGAAAAAUCACGCCUGGCAAACAUGAAAAUGCAGGAUGAGAUGCGUCUUAUGGAAGAAAACUUGAAGGACCACCAGAGAGCUCAGGAUGAGGCAAUUACAAAGACUCAGCUGCUAGAACAGACUGUGAGAGGUUUGGAAUAUGAACUGGAGGCUAAAAACCACUUGAAAGAUGAUCGGGCAAGGCAAAUCAAAUUAAUGGAGGACAAGUUAUCUCACCUGGAACUUGAGCUUGACGAAGAAAAGAAUAAUUCAGAUUUGUUGUCUGAGAGAAUCAGUAGAUGCAGAGAACAGAUUGAACAAAUGAGAACCGAGCUACUUCAGGAAAGAGCUGCAAAGCAAGAUUUGGAGUGUGACAAAAUUUCAUUGGAAAGACAGAACAAGGACUUGAAGAGCCGAAUCCUUCAUCUGGAAGGUUCUUACCGAUCCAGUAAGGAGGGACUUGUUGCACAAAUGGAAGCAAGGAUUACAGAGCUAGAGGAACGGCUUGAAAAUGAAGAGAGGGAUAGAGCUAAUUUCCAACUAAGUAACCGCAGACUUGAGAGAAAAGUGAAGGAGUUAAUGUUGCAAGUCGAUGAUGAACAUCUCUCAUUGACUGAUCAAAAGGACCAGUUGAGUUUGCGUUUGAAAGCAAUGAAACGUCAAGUUGAAGAAGCUGAAGAGGAAAUAGACAGACUGGAAAGUGCCAAAAAGAAACUCCAGAGAGAACUGGAAGAACAACUGGACAUGAAUGAACAAUUGCAAGGACAGCUUAAUGCUGCAAAAAAGGAAUUAAGACGGAAGAUAUCACCAAGUAAAGUGUUGACUGAUUUUGAUGAUGACGAUGAUGACGAUGAUGAGCUCAGCACAGAUGGAGAUAGUCUCUGUGAAACACCUUCAGGAAAUAACAUGCCAAAAGAUGAUGACACAAAAAUCUAAAUAAAUAUUGAAUCUGUGAUUCCUUGAAAGUACUGGAAGAAUACCCUGAAUUGCUAAGAUUUGGAUAUUCUAAAAGCCAAAUGACAUAAACAAAUAUAAGAGCUGGGAAUAUAAUGUGUCCAUCCAUUCUGUGCCAUUUUCUUGCUUAGAUCUUCUCUUCGUUGUAGAAAACAGGAUUGUAUUAUGAAGUAUGGAUAUACAUACACACCUAUAAACAUAGAGAUAACAUGUCACUUUGGUAGUACAAUUUUGCUAAAAUUCUCUUUAAGUAAAGAGCCAUUUGAAAGUAAUUCAGAACUAGUUUGUAGUUCUUAAAAGAUUUUCUUAAAAUUAAGGAAGCCACAGAGGAUUAUUUAAUAACUAUAAUUAGGGAGAAAUAAUGUAUAGAAUGUAAAUAUUUUAAAAGUGAUUGUUUUAUUGACUACUUUAGUACAAGUUUAUAAAGUUUCAAAUAUUAUAUAAAUCAAUUCUAUAUGUAAAAUACAUAAAUUUAUAUUGAAUGUUAUAUUUGAGUUUUCGCUAAGAAAAAGAAAACCUGAACUAAUACAUUUUGUGUAUUAGGGAGGAGUUUCACAGUUCUGGAGCCAAGAAGUAUGUUCCAAUUUUAAAGUCACUUCUAUUGUAUGCAUUCAGUAUAUUAAUAGAGAUCAAAUGCUAGCACGCAGAAUUAGAUCUCAAGAUUUGGAUACUACCUGUUGACUUUAGAGGGACCGUCAUGUGCRCGUGAUGAGUGAGACUUGCCUAUAACUUUAUCAUAACCUUUUGUUUCAGAAGCUUUUUGUUUAUAAUAGGGUAGGUUGAGAGUGAGGUGAAUUACUAUCAGGUGUCUUUCAUUUCCCAAAGUGGGCUCUGUACUGCCAGGUGCACAAUUCCUUAGGCUUGCUCACUUAAGGGCAUUGGGACAGGCUUAUCUUAGAGCCUUUAGGGAAUCUUAACCUAUCCAGCAAAAUUACGUGUAGCAUUUGAAUUAAGUAUGUGCCUAAAUAUGUUCAUUAAUUGAUCCUGAAAGUUAAGCACCUGUCAAGAAAUUGCACCAAUUUUAGGAAAUACAAAGCCUAUAAUCAUCUUGUUUUGUUUUUUUUUCCCCUAGUUUGUUCUUCAGCAUCUGUUUGAGAGAUCUUGCAGUGUAUGAUGAUUUAUGCAGAUAUAUUAAGUGUUGCAAUUUAUAGCAGUAUCUGUAUUUUGGGAUAUCCAUCCUGUGAACAAAACUUGAGGGAAGAUAAAAAAGCGUGUUGCAGGAUUUAUUUUAAAUACAUUUUCUGUUUUAUUGAAGGGGGAAAAAAAAAAGUAACAUUUAUAUUACACAGACAAUUUUCUCUUGUGCAAAUCUAGACUCUUAAGGAAAGUGCACUACUCCAUAAUUUUGAAAAUACGUCUUAGCAAAGUCCUAUCUGAUCAUUAGCAUUUCUUUCCAGUUACACUUAAGUGAGUAUUUCUGCAUUGAAUGAACCAAAUAACAGUUUAGUGUAAUUGUAAAAAUACUUUAACUUGGAGUUGCUGGGAGCUUCUAUUACUCCCACAUAGGAACUACUCGAGGAUGAAUUUAACAGGUCUGAAAAUGAGGCUGAGAGACUUGGGUAAGGCCCAAGUACUGACAAUGGCAGUUCUCAUAUAAUUAUAUGGAAUGAAGCUACUGCCUGCAGGAUCAGAAAUGUACUUUUGUGWACUAAAUUACAGACUCUUUUGCCAGGUAAUUCCCUUCAACAUGAUUUUGAUGAAUUAAAUG